UUUCAGAGAACACAGAACAGAUACACAACUAUCUUUAAAGGCCAGCGGAUGAUCACAACACUCGCUUCAGCCUACAAUAGCAGAGAUAUUUGUUUUUGUAACUUCUAAAAAUGAAUCUUUUCAUCUGUGUGACUGUUCUUCUUGCAACUGCAACCAAUGCGCUCAAUUCAGCCCGAGCAGAGUCUGAGUUCAGCACAGCACAGACACCAAAGGGUUCUUUAUCUUUUCUGGAACCAGAGCCAAGUGUAGCUCAAAAAAAUGAAAUACCUGAACCUGAAGUAAAUGGCAAAGAAGGUCAUGUGGGAGAGGAGCAGAUCAAUGGUGUCACAAACGAUCAUUCAGAGGACCCUUUAUCUUUUUAUGAUCCUGAAUCCCAUUUAUUAAUACUUGAUGAAAUAACUUCACCUCAAAGGAAAGGCCAAGGUGAUGAAUGGAUAGGGGAGCACACAGAUGAUGUCACCAGCAAACUCUCAGAGGAAAACAACAAAGUGUCUGACAAGACAAAUGACAUUAGAGCCACAGAAGACAAUCAGGCACCUGAAAGGCAGUUAGAAGGGCAAAUGGUAAAUGAGAAAACACAGUCUUUGUGUACAGCCAGCCAGAUAGAAGACGUAUGUGUGACACCAACUGAAAUUUCAGAAUUAAAUGAAGUUCCAAGGCAAAAUAACAAUGACAUGCCUGCUGCAAACCAAAACACCAGUGAUAUAUCAGAAACGAGAGACGUUAUAAAGGAGAAUGACAGUAUGCCAUUGUUUUUUGGUGAGGAAGAACAGACAAAAGACAGAGAACAAACUACAGAGCAGAGUAUUACAGAAACAAAUCUGCCCCAGGUGGAGACAACCCCAACUGCACCUCCAUGUCCUCUUAUGUGGCCAGAAUGCGCCAAGCAAGACUUGGAUAAUGUCACUGCUGAUGUAGCAAGAGACCUAUCCGCAUUUGCACUGGAGCUGUUCAAAGCAGUAAAAAGAACCAGACCCAAUGUUGUGGUGUCUCCAAUUAGCAUUGCUCUGGCGCUGUCACAGCUGAUGUUAGGAGCUGGUGGGAAAACAAAGGAAGAACUACUGAAAACAUUGUACAGGAGUGUAAACAACCCAGAGUGUGUACACGAUGCUAUACGGAAGUUGACCAAUUUUGAUUCAUUACUAACUGCAAAUGAAAUUUUCUACAGUAAAGACCUUUCCCUAUAUGGUGAAUUCAUUAACCAGUCUACAACAUUUUACGGAAGUAAAGGGAUACCAUUACACAAGGAUAAUGAGAGAAGCCUUAAAAAAAUUAAUUCCUGGGUCUCUAAAAAAACAAAGACUCUCAUCCCACAGUUGCUGCAGGAGCUUUCCUCUGACCUACAACUGAUGCUGAUCAAUGUGCUUUAUUACCAAGGAAAAUGGAUAUCUCGUUUCGAUCCAAAGCAGACAAGGACAGAGAAGUUCCACUCAUCACGCUCAAGUCCAGUUAUUGUAAAGAUGAUGAAUGCUCACAAGUAUCCCCUGCAAAACAUUAGAGAUUCAUAUUUGGAAGCCCAAGUGGCCCGAUUCCCUUUGUCAGACAACUGCAGCCUCCUCAUCUUCAUGCCUGUGUCAAAUACAGCAGAUUCUUUGAAGACAAUGGAGGGCAAGCUCAAUGGGGAGGUCAUGACUCAAUUGAUGACACUGCUGGAACAGAUGGAUCCACGAGCAACAACUGUGUACUUCCCACAACUAAAACUUGACUCGGACAUUCGCCUUAAUGAAGUAUUAAGUUUAGUUGGUCUCUUUGAUCUGUUUGAGUACCCAGAUUUAUGCGCUCUAUCAAACAGCACUGAACUUGUUGUAAGUGAUGUCCAUCACCGCGCUAUUCUGGAAGUCAAAGAAGAAGGUGUGAAGGCAGCGGCAGCUACUUCUAUAACCGUGGCCCGCACUGUCUCAGUCUUUGCUGUGCGUAAGCCUUUCCUCUUCAUUCUGGUCAGUGAUAGAAGCAAAAUUCCCAUCCUUAUUGGACGUGUUACAGACCCCAGUCAGCAAUAGAAAGAUGUACUGCAGAGGACAACUGAUGAUUGUGUGCUUAACUAAAAAAUAAUGUUAUCAAACAGAACAUAAAAAUAAUGUGACACACACUUCAGGAAUAUUUUUUUUUAACAUUUAAAAUAAACAGGAAAAAGUAUCAUGCUUGAUAAAGAUGUAUGUAACUAAAUGCAGUAUAUACAUUUCUGACAAAAUAAACACCUAACAAUGUUCCUUGA